CCCCCCCGUCACACGACUCGCACACUAUGGGCAAACUGCAGCCUAAUUGCAUGUCUGUGGACUGCAAGAAGAAACCUAUGCGGGGAACAUACGUAAGAAACUGGAGUGUGAUCUAAACCCUCACACUGGAGGCGUGAGGAGACAGUGCUGGCCACUGCACCACUGCAACUCAGAAUGACAAGCUUUCUGAAAUUAUCCACUAACUUCCAAGGAACUGCCUGAUGUAGUUAUCAAGACAGGAGCCUCAGUGUAUUAUGACACUGGAAAGAGAUUGUGUGCUGUUCCUCACUUAGAGGCUCCGUCUCCUUCCGGUCCAGCACUAAAAAGUGAGAGGUGCGUCACAAAAUAUUAAACAUUACCAUUUACAUAACCUUGUAUAUAAUAAGCUUGUAUAUGAUAAGUUAUUUAUCUGGAAAUUUCUCUUAAAGGCAAAACACAGUUUUUCAGCACGAAUUCUGUAAUAGUUGGUGUUAACCCUAAUAAGGUGGUAUUAACCCAAAUAAGGCCUCAGGGUCAAUGAAGGUGAAACAGCCCAAUGACAUUAAUAUCCACAUUUUGCCCUGGGUAUGAUAUUCCUUUCUUAUGUUGUCAGCAUGAAAUUACCACCAGUUUGAAUGGCUAAAGACCCCCAUAUUUAUAUGCUGUAUGUAUUAUGUAGCACCUGAUUGAAGUUCACGUGUUAAUGGCCAUUAGGGGGCUUCCUGGGGAGCUGCGGGUGGUCUUUCGUAAAGACGUGGAAACCUUAGACCAUUAGAAUGACCUGACUGCAAUCCUGGACACCUGGUGGCUCAUUUGUCAAAGUUGUGUGCACACAAAAAGUCUACGGAAUUGUGCGCUGGUGACCGCAAAAUUUGUCAAACAAAGCUUAACUGGAAAUAUGUGUGUAGGUGUGGAAACUCUCAUCCUUGUUAUUUGGACCAGGGCAAGAAUAACACCUGGGAUUUUUACCAUCCUCUGUACUUCUUUCUAUAGGAACUGGUCUUCAGUACUAUAAGAUAACGUUAAACAGGUAUGCAAACACAUAAGUAUGGUCAAGUAGGCACCCUGCCAGAACACCCUGAAUGGUUUUGUGCAUACUGGUUUUUUUUAAUGGUGAAAUUUAUGCAAAGUUUGAUGAAUGAGGUCGCCGGUGCUUCUGUGAUGCUCCAGUAGUGACCUUGGCAUCUUCCUCUGCUCUCUGAACUGUCCUUCUCACUUUGCUUAGGGAUGCGACACCUGGCACUUCAUCGCUCUUGCAGUUUAUAUGCUUUUUAUCUUAAUUGUUCCCCAGUGGUCAUGAGGAAUAGGACAUUUUAUGCUGGAUUUCCUGGUUGCUGUGAAGGUCAAACAAGCAUUUUGCAUUGUUCUUUCAUUCUGUCUCACAGAUGACAAAGGGGUUUUGAUAUCCGUCUCCUUUCAGUACACCGGCGAAAUACGAGGCCGUGGAGGCUACAGUGUCAGUGCAUCACGACUGAUACGGGCUCUGAUGGAUAUCAAUGUUAAGCACCCGGCCGUGACGAUGCUCCUCGUGCUGAUAAUGGUGACGGACGUUUUUGGCGCGCGGGCCUGCACGGCCCCCAGUAACUGCUCCAGCAUCUCCAAGGACUACUGCUACUCGGCCCGCAUCCGCAGCACUGUGCUGCAGGGCCUGCCCUUUGGGGGGGUGCCCACUGUCCUCGCCCUGGACUUUAUGUGCUUCCUGGUCCUUCUCUUCGUGUUCUCCAUCCUGCGGAAAGUGGCCUGGGAUUAUGGGCGCUUGGCGCUAGUGACAGACUCAGACAGACUGAAGAAACUCUUCAGCGGCUCGGACGAGAGGGAAUAUGUGGCAUCAGCCCUGCAUUCGGAAACGCCCGAUCGAUAUGAACGCCUCACCUCUGUUUCCAGCUCUGUUGACUUUGAGCAAAGAGACAACGGCUUCUGCUCUUGGCUGACCGCUAUCUUUAGGAUAAAAGAUGAGGAGAUCCGAGAGAAAUGCGGCGAGGACGCGGUCCACUACCUUUCCUUCCAAAGGCACAUCAUCGGGCUGCUGGUGGUGGUGGGGGUGCUCUCCGUGGGGAUUGUCCUUCCCGUCAACUUCUCCGGAGAUCUGCUGGAGAAUAAUGCCUACAGCUUUGGACGAACUACUAUAGCAAACCUAAAUUCUGGGAAUAACCUCCUCUGGCUGCACACCUCUUUUGCGUUCAUGUAUCUCCUGUUGACGGUGUACAGCAUGAGAAGACACACCUCCAAGAUGCACUACAAAGAGGACGAUCUGGUGAAACGCACCUUGUUCAUAACCGGGAUCUCGAAGUAUGCCGAGGAGAGCCACAUAAAACAGCACUUUGAACAGGCCUAUGAGAACUGCACUGUGCUAGAGGCUCGCAUCUGCUACAAUGUGGCAAAGCUCAUGUCCCUAAACACGGAGAGAAAGAAGGCAGAGCGAAGCAAGAAGUUCUUCACUGACCUGAUGGCCAAGGAGCACGUCCCCACCAUGAUCAACCCUAAGCCGUGUGGACACCUCUGCUGUUGCAUCAUCAAGGGAUGCGAAGAGGAGGAGGCUGUGAGCUAUUACACCAAGCUGGAGUCGAAGCUGAAGGAGGAGUACAGGAAGGAGAAAGAGAAAGUCAACACGAAACCUCUCGGGAUGGCGUUUGUCACUUUCCAGAACGAGGCGAUGACUGCAGUAAUCCUGAAGGACUUCAAUGCCUGCCACUGUCAGGGCUGCAAAUGUCGCCACGAGCCCAAGUCAUCUCAGUUCAGCGAAAGCUUGCAUAUCUACAACUGGAGCGUCUCCUAUGCCCCAGACCCACAGAACGUGCGCUGGGAGAACUUGUCUCUUGCCGGUGUCUCCUGGUGGGUGCGCUGCUUUAUCAUCAAUUGCAUCCUCUUCCUCUUGCUCUUCUUCCUCACCACUCCAGCCAUCAUCAUCAGCACCAUGGACAAGUUCAAUGUCACCAAGCCAGUGGAGUACCUCAAUAACCCCAUCAUUACCCAAUUCUUCCCCACCCUGCUGCUGUGGGCCUUCUCCGCACUGCUGCCCACCAUCGUCUACUACUCGGCCUUCUUUGAAGCCCAUUGGACCAGGUCGGGGGAGAACAGGACCACCAUGCACAAGUGCUACACGUUUCUCAUCUUUAUGGUGCUUCUACUUCCUUCCCUUGGACUCAGCAGUUUGGAUGUUUUCUUCCGCUGGCUUUUCGACAAGAAAAUCUUGGUCGAUGCCCCAGUCAGAUUUGAGUGUGUCUUCCUCCCAGACAACGGCGCCUUCUUCGUGAACUAUGUCAUCGCCUCGGCGUUUAUCGGAAACGCCAUGGACCUGCUGCGAAUCCCAGGCCUGCUCAUGUACAUGAUCCGGCUGUGCCUGGCUCGCUCGGCCGCGGAGAGGCGCAAUGUAAAGCGGCACCAAGCUUACGAAUUCCAGUUUGGCGCCGCCUACGCCUGGAUGAUGUGCGUCUUCACCGUCGUCAUGACGUACAGCAUCACCUGCCCAAUCAUUGUCCCCUUCGGCCUCAUGUACAUGCUACUGAAACACCUGGUGGACAGAUACAACAUGUACUACGCCUACCUGCCCUCCAAGCUGGACAAGAAGAUUCACUCGGGUGCCGUCACCCAGGUGGUGGCCGCGCCCAUCCUCUGCCUCUUCUGGCUGCUCUUCUUCUCCACUGUGCGCACAGGCUUUGUGACCCCAACAACCAUGUUCACGUUGGUGGUCCUCAUCAUCACCAUCGUGGUCUGUCUUUCCCACAUCUGCUUCGGGCAUUUCAAGUACCUCAGUGCCCACAACUACAAGAUUGACACCAAGGAUACUGAUGCAGAUGGGGUGGAGAAUGGCCGUCCGGCUCGCUCCACCACCUCUCCCACCAACAAGUCAGCACAAAUGUAUAUUGCCCAGGUUCUGCAGGAUCCAGGAUCAGACGAAACGGGAACCGGAAGCGGGGAAGAGGAUGGCCAGGGGUCCUCGCAGGAUGAGGAGAUGAUCAACACGAGGAACAGUAUUAACGAAGCGGACUUCCAGUCGGGAGAGGACAGCCUUAUAGCCAAUGAAGUCCACCCAUUCCGGGACCAUCCCACCAUGGAGGUCAUCCCCAUGAAACCCACUGCUCCCUUCAGAUUCCAGGCCCACCCCUCGAAUGGGGCCGUCCUCCGCUGAGCUUGGGGUCACCCCCCCCUUCUCCCCCCCCCCCCCGCCAGCGAGAGUGUGCGGCCGAGCCAGUGCCAGCGUGGUGUUCUCCACUCCUUGGAUACGGACUGGAAUGGCAGCCUGAUGCACAGCCUCUUUCAUCUGAUCCAAAUACUUUACCUUUGGCCCCUAUCCUGUGUAUUUCCGCGUCACUUUAACACCACUAAUCCCUAGAAUGUGAACGGUGUCUCGCUGUUUGUCUCGUUUGUCCUGCACACGCCACUUGGCCUGUACUCAUGCACAGGAGAGGCAGGAGUCGGCUGCUAACCUGGGACCCCCCUUUACACCUUUAUGCCCCUCAUAAGGAGUAACUGCGACAGGCUGCAUGUUUAGUCCUGUGGGUGGUCUGUCUUUGAAGCACCAGAACUGCCACAGUGUAGCACUGCUGGGGGGGGGGGGCGCUUGGUGUGUUCGGUUUUUUAUAGCUUUGGUGCACUAAAUGUGCUCGGUUCUUCAGUUCUGCAGCGUUCUGCACAGAGGUGGUCAUGUGACCUUCCAUUCAGUGAUGAUGCGCUGAUGUUCAGCCGCCCUGGGAAUUAUGUUCCUGGGGAGAGUGAACUUGCAUGCAUGUCAGAACCAUUCUAUUGCGACUCCUUUCAUCAAAUUAUAUUUCCAUGUUAAUUUAACUUUAUGUACUAGCUAACUUCAUAUUAAUUGCUUAUUCUAAUGGCCAGCGAGAUCUUCGGAUCUUUUUUUGUAUUACGUACAUUUUAAAAAUGUACAGUCUAAAGAUUAGUGCAAUGUUUUUAGACCUCCGGCGGUUUAACUAAUCGUUGAUUGAUGGAAAUUGUGCGGCUCAUCUUCCCCCCCCCCACCCCUCCCAAAUAAUUAUUAAUGAAGAAGAUCAUUGUCGCUUAGCUGCACGGGGCUCAAGGUAUCAGUGAGCUCAGACUUUCUCAGCAUACAGCCCUUGAUCGCCUGAGCCAAAGGGAUAUGAUCCACUUGGGAGGUGCUUUUAAAAAUGGCCUAGUGACAUUUUCGUUUGGAUAUUAAUACAUACUGAUUGCAUACUGAAUACAUACUGAUUUGCUUUUAGAUUUUUCACCUGUGCUGGCUUAACUGUAUGUAGCCAUGUAUAUAGCUAUAGAUUUUGUGCUUGAAUUUGUUUAGAAAAACAAAUAUUGUACCAUAUUUUGUACAAUAUUAUUGUACAAUAUUUUAUGAAAUUUUGUGUGCAUUUUUCAGCAAUAGCUCUGUGUAAAGGAUGUACUGAAAGUGUGUUGUUUUAUCCGAUCCAGCUGUGUAGAGCACAGCAAUGCUGGAAAGGUGAAGAAGCGCCACUAUUUUCAAUGAAAAAAGCUGGAUGUGUUUGUGCUGGUGGAGGCCGAGUGUUUGGCAGCAAAGAGCAAUAUGUAGAAAAUGAAAUUUGAAUAGUCUGCUAAUUGCUGUAUAGCAGUGUUUCCUGACGCAGUUCUUGGGAACCCACAGAUGUUUGCCCUUUUGCUCACUUUCAGCUCCCAGUCAAACAGUCCACAUUUUUGCUCCCUUCCAGCUCCAAAACGUGGCCUGUCUGCGGGUCCCUGAGGACUGGGUUCGAAGGCACUGCUUUGUGGCGAUUCUCCAAACGCAUAAUGGGAGUGAACAAAAUGUUAAUUCCUUCAUGUCCCAGUUAUCUUGUGACCCUGAAACGUAACUUAUUUUGAAUCUGUAUUCGGUUAACAAGUAAGUCGGAUAUCUUUGUAUUACUGAAUGACGGGAUCACCUUUGCACCAAUUACCUGCAAGUAUUUUCUUUCUGCAGUUGUCUGGACCGUGGGCACCGUCUGCUUUGGUUACCAUGCUGUGUGUCCUCACAGUGUAAUUCAGUGCAAUUCACUCAAGGAUCGCGGACUGAAUUUGAUACACUUGAAAAUUUGUUUUCUCAGAACAUUUGUACAGAAUUACCGUGAAUUUGUACACUUUGAAUAAAUCAGUUACUCAGACCUGAGCCCCAAACCACGAAGAUGAGUGCAAGCUCAGAACAUCACCUCGUAAUUGACUGACUUCAGUAACUGUUUAGCAGAGGUGGGUAAUUCAGGUCCACAGAGUAAAAGUCCAGACCAAGAUUUUGUUUCAACCAACCAGUUGAGUACAAAGAGUCACAGUCACUGAGUACUCAACUGGUUGGUUGAAACAAAAUCUUUCUCUGGAUUUGUACUUGCUGGACCUCAACUAUCCACCUCUGUUAUUUAAUUGCUUUAUCAUCUGAUCUGGAGGUUAAAGUGUCAUUAGCAGGUGCUACGUGAAAUGUAUUCUUAAAAAUCUGCAGCCUUUAAGGUGUGGGGUUGGAAAACCUGUACAAUAGAAUUGUUCUUUUUUAAGUAUAGCUCUUUCUAAAGUAGUGGUAGAUGAAAUAUAGCAUAUUUCUUGAAACUCUUGCGAUGCACAGGAGAAACGAUGAUCCGCAGUAUCAAUGAAGAGCUGUGCUUCUGAUUGGCCCGUCUUUGGUGUGCAGCGUGUCUAUGGUAAAUCUUUGAAUUUCUAUGUCCUUCAAAGAGCAGUUGUAGAAGUGCUAUUUUAGGCGCAGUAGUUUUGCUAAAACCUUCGCUUAAGUUAAUUUCCCGCUUGUAUGACACAUCAGUCGAGUGGCUGUGUUGCUGUCUGCUGGGACAUAGAUAUUUGAAAUACCGUACAGAUAGCGGACUAGAACACUGUGGCGGAUAUGCACUUAUAGUAAAUGACCGCUAGAGGUCUCUGUGUACCUUUUUUUAGUUUUUCAGUUCUGGAAUGGAAACAUUAGAAAGUGAAAAUGAAAGAAUGCAAUAUACUCAAAAGACGGACUGAGUGAAAGAACUGAUUUGUAACUUGAAAAAAAAAUAGAACUGACUCAGGUUUUCUUUUCUUUAAAUAUAAGUACUUUAUGCUUUUGAUUAUUUUUGUCAGGUUUGAUGUGCAACUUGUUUAACCAACGUUUCAACUUCAUAUAGUAACAUUAUAUAUAAAUUUUAUUGUGUGGCUUUUAUACUUGUACAUUUUGUCUUUGUUUUUAGUUUCAUCAAAUUUAAGCUUCAAAACAAAAAAUGUUGUUUUCCCUAAACACUCCUUGUGUCUAACAAAUUUGUGGGUCAAAAGAGAUUAUAAUAAUUCUGAGAAGCACAUGCCACAGAGGUCUGGUCCAAAGACUUCUGGAAAUCUGAGCACAAAGGGAACUGUUCAUUCAAGUGUCUUUGAAGAUUUAAGGCUCUCUGCAUUGCUAAUGUCCAGGAGAGACCUAAUGAUUUCCCUCAUAGCAUGUUUGUUUCAUGUAAAUGUUUUUUCUUUUCUUUUCUUUUUUUUGACAUUUUUCCUUAUGGGGAUGAAGUUCAAGUAAAGAUUGUGGAAGCUGGUGAUUGGUUUGUAUGACAUUGGCUUGAUGAAUCAAUACCAAUAGAGACAAGCAUAUAAAAUAUUUUUGUAAAUAGCCUUCAGUAACUCCACCAUCAUGGUAGUUAUGGUAAUGUGGAGUCGCACACUUAUGUACAGUUUAUGUAAGUGAUAAACGGGAGGGGGGGAGGGUAAAAUAAUAUGUACAGUAGACUGUUUGGGUUUUUUAUUGUACCGGUCAUUAACCGAAUUCCCCUGCCAUGAAAUACUAGUGUUUAGGUUAGUGUUUAACAGUUUUAACUGGACCAUUCUAUCGUGUUGGGCUGUCAUUUUUUACAUUUUAUUUUUAACUUGGGUCAGAAGGCUGUCUGUAUAGUGAAAAACUUGUCAAUCUCUCUCUCUCUCCCCCCCCCAAUAAAAACUUAGAAUGGUUCUUGAUCUUC